AUGGUCAGCCUGCUGCUGCUGCUGCUGCUGCUGCUGCUGCUGCUGCUGCUGCUGCUGGUGACGCCGCGUCGCUGCGGUGUUGGCGCUGCGGGCUCGUUGCUGCAGCUGCAGCAGCUGGAGCUGUUCGGGGGCUGGGGUGCAGCACGGGGAGGGGGUGCCGCUGCUGCUGCUGCUGCUGUGCUGUGCUGCAUUGGCUUCGCUGCUGCUGCUGCUGCUGCUGCUGCUGCUGCUGCUGCUGCGUGCAGGCCACUGACUGUGCCCCCGGCGAAGAAGACCGACACCGCAGCGACGCGUUUUAUAAAUUUCGACAAGACAGAAAAGGAAACUGCUGCUGCUGCGUCAGCAGCAGCAGAAGGAGAGGCAGAUGAAGACUUGGCGCUGCCGCCUGCUGCUGUUGGCGCUUCUGGCAGCUCCUCCCGUUCUUCGGCCCGCAGAGCCUCGAAACACAGGCAGCAGCAGCAGCACGACAAGCAGCAGCAGCAGCAGCAGCAGCACGAAGCAGCAGACCCCGCGCAUGCGCCUGCAGGCACGCCCACAGCGGCACAGGCAGCACCUGCUGCUGCUGCUGCUGCUGCAGUCGCCAACUCUCCAAGGGGCGCAGCAGGAUCCCGAAGGAACACGUGGGAUAGCAAGGGAUCGAGCCGAGCAAAGCACGAGGCAGCAGCUGCUGCUGCAGCAGGCGAAGCGCCUGCUGCAGCAGAAGCAGCAGAUGGGACGCGGGGUCCGGGGUCCGUCAGCACCCGAAGGAAGCGACGCAUGCAGCAGCAGCAGCAGCAGCAGCAGCAGCAGCACGUGCCUGCAGUCGUUGAGUGCCCAGUCAACGACACUUCCGUCGCCGUGGAGCCGGAUGCUGCUGCUGCUGCUGCAGCUGCGGCUGCUGCUGCUGCUGCAGGCACGCUAAGGGCAGUGCCUGAGGGCAGCCUUCAAGGCAUUUCUUUCUUCUCAGGGCCACCUGAGUUGCUGCCAAGUGCAGCAGCAGACACGCUGCAGCAGCACCCGCAGGAGCCGGACGGCUGCUUGGUCGGCGUCGACAGCAGCAGCAGCAGCGCGGAAGCAGCAGCAGCACCCGAGGCAGACAAACAAGGAGAUGAAGACAGCUUCUUGCUGGAAGGCCUUGCUGCAGCAUCUCUUGCAGCAGAUGGCCCUCUGACCCCUCGCUGGGGCCUGCUGCAGAACCCGUGCGAAGCGGAAGAAGUGCAGCAGCUGCAGCAGCUGCAGCAGCAGCAGCAGCAGCGGGACACGCCCUCCAGCACAGUGUACUCCCGCCCAGAGGGCCCCCCCUGCCGCUCAGACAAAGAAGCAGCAACUUGUUCUUUAGGUGACAGCUUUAGCUUUGCUGCUUCUCCUUCGGGUUUCUCGCGGCCGGCGAACCGCAGCAGCAGCUGCAGCAGGGGGGCAGCAGAUGAAGUGCGCAGCAGCAGCAGCAGCAGCAGCAGCAAGGGAGAUGCAAUGCAGUUCCUGAUGUCGCCUCCAGCGGGCUUACUGACUGCGUCGCCGCUGGGGCCUCUGCUGCCGGGCCUGGGGAGCCGCCGCGCAGCGGACGCAGCAGGAGACGGCGUCUCUGCUGCUGCUGCUGCUGCUGCUGCUGCUGCCUGCGGCGGCGCAGUGCAGCGCAGCGGGGAGGGGCUCGAGAGCCUAUCUGCGCAGCCCUCCUUUUCUGGCCUGCAAGAGGCCCUUGUCAAUUUUGUCUAUCUGCCUUCUUGUCCAGCAACUCCGCUGCUGUCUUCAGCGCCAGUGUCUUUGCUGCUGGACCCCGUGGAGCAGCAGCAGCAGGAAGCGGGGAUGGCGAGCAGCAGCAGCAGCAGCAGGGCGGGGGGGGCUGCUGCGGUGCGCGCCGCUGCUGCUGCAGCCGGAGCAGCAGCCUCUCCCGCCGCCGCAGCAGCGAGCUCGAUCCUGAAGGCCGCCGCAGCAACGACCGCGACAGCAGCAGCAGAGGCAGCAGCAGCAGCAGCAGAGGCGGAGGAGGCCUUGGAGGAAGACGGGGAGCUGCGGCUGACGAGGAGCAGCAGCAGCAGCGGCUCGCAGCAGCUGCCUGCUGCUGCGCUGGCCGCGCUGCUGUCGCCCUCCGCCGUGGGCCUCGACAGAGAAGAAGCAGCAGCAGACAGAGGCAGGGAGUCGGGGGCCCCCGGCGGGGAGGAGUUGCUGCUGCGGACGAGCAGCAGCAACUCCUGCAGCAGCAGCAGGCAGCCGCCGAGCGAGUCGCAGGCGAGCGCGGCGCAGGCGGCAGCAGCAGCAGCAGCAGCAGCAGCGGAGCCGCUGCUGUGCAGCAGCUGCAGCAGCAGCAGCGGCUGCUGCAAGUCGGGGAAGGGCGCCUCCGGAGGGGCCCCCGUGUGCAGCCUGGGGGUUUCGGGGGCCCCCCCCGGGCCGGGCUCGGGGGCGGGGCCCCCCGGGGCGUGGGGGCCCCCCAUUUGGCUCUCCGUGAUGAACGGACGCCCCGGAGGCUGCUGGGGGCCCUCCCCUGUGCGGCGAAGUGCAGCAGGGGCCUCCACCCCCUCCCCCCCGCUGCGGCUGGCUUCCUUCAGAGCUGUGGACAUAGUUUUGUCUCCUCCUUAUUUGCUGAAGUCGAGAAGUGGAGAAGAGGGGCCCCUGCUGGCGCCGCUGACGCCCCCGCAGACCCAAGAGGGGCCCCUGGUGUGCAGCUCGUGGACUCCGUCGCUGGGGCUGCCUUCGCCGCUGCAGCAGCUUUCGGACGAAGUGCUGCUGCCGCUGAGCAGCCGCAGCAGCAGCAGCUGGGAGAAGGGCUGCGCCUCCCUUGCUGCUGCUGCUGCUGCUGCUGCUGGCGACCUCGACCCCCCCCAGCAGCACGACGUGUGCGCAGCGCCAGCUGCAGCAGCGGGACCCGCAGGUGCGCAGGCUGCCGACGCUGCCGCCGCUGCUGCUGCUGCUGCUGCUGCAGCAGCAGAAACUGUCGGGGCCAACACCAUCCUCAGCAGAAUCCGGCGCCACUUGCUGCCGCUCGAGGCUGAGCCGUGA